AUGCCACAGAGCUACGAAGUCGGGAACCAUUCAUCACCCUGGAACCCCAGGACGUGGUCCCGGAGGGUGUGGACGAUCUUGAUCACGGCCAUUGUCGUGAUCGUGAUCGUUGUUGUUGCGACGGUGGUGGGCGUCAAUGCCACUCGAAACAACAAUAAUGGUCCCAGCGGCCCCGACCCGAACCGGUAUCCCAAUUACACGAGGCUUGAUUACACCCUGGCUGAUACAUACUCGGGCACAACCUUCUUUGACAAGUUCAACUACUUCGCCACGUGGGAUCCAGCCGGGGGAUUCGUUCACUAUGUCGAUCCGGAGUACGAUGCGAGAUACAACCUCACCGUCGCGACGGCUUCCAGCGCCAUCGUCAAGGUCGACACCACCGUCGGCCCGGACUCGGAGCCGGACGCCUCGACGGGCCGCUUCUCGGUCCGGCUCGAGUCAAAAGCCCAGUACGGGCCAGGCCUGUUCCUGUUCGACGUCAAGCAUACCCCGUACGGGUGCGCAACAUGGCCAGCCUUGUGGCUAGCAGACCCAAACAACUGGCCGCAGAACGGGGAAAUCGACAUCCUCGAGUCAGUCAACCAAGCCACCACGGGAACCAUGGUCGCGCUGCACACCACAGCGGGGUGCACCAUGGAGAACAUCCGGCGGGAAAUGACGGGCGCGGCGGGGCAAGCGGACUGCCACAACGCGACCAACGGCAACACGGGCUGCGUGGUGAACGGGCCGCCGGCGACUUUCGGCAAGGAGUUCAACGACGCCGGGGGCGGGCUGGUGGCGCUCGAGUGGCGGAACGAGGGGAUCCGCACGUGGGUGUUUGCCCGGGACAAGGCGCCCCUGAAACUGGACGGGACGACGGCUGCGAACCCGAAGCCGGACCCGAGCACCUGGGGCCCGCCGCUGGCCGAUUUCCCCUCUACGACGUGCGACGUGGCCGCGCAUUUUCGCAAUCAGAGUAUUAUUGUUAACAUUGACCUGUGUGGGUAUCUCACGGAGGCGGUCUGGGGCUCGUCGGGGUGUAGCCCAUCGACCUGCCAGGAGUUUGUUGCCAACAACCCGUCGGCGUUUACGGAUGCGUACUGGGAGUUUGGGGCCUUUCAUGUGUACAGGGUGCAGUGA